AUGCCUCCUCCGCAUCUCCGCAGUACAAUGAUAAGCUUGUUGGAGUCCGACUCUUGGUUUUUUUCUUUGAAAGACUUUUCGGACCAUGGAAGGCAACAUUUGCUUGUACACCCUAUUGCAUACGAGCGUCUACUGCUGGAGAUAAGGUCUGGCUUUUCUGCUGGUGGUGUCGCCGUAGGGAGCAAAGAAGAACAAGCUCAACACGCCAAGGUCCACCAAUUGGGUCUACUUUAUAGAAAUAACCUCAUGAACCCAGUUCGCUCUAACACGGGACCUACGCCUGCAUCAAAUGCCCACGUAUCGCGCCCUUCCUUCGAGGAACAUAAGGAAGCGAUUCUCUCCGCGAUGGCUGAUGCCCCCAAAACCAAGGGAAAUGCCAAAAAAUGCAUCAGUUUUCCAUACCUCACCCUGUGUCUUCCUGCGAAACUCUGGCCCGUACAUUAG